AUGCCAGGGCUCAUGUGGCUCCCGAGGGCGCUCGCCAAACGCUUCGGCUGCCGGAGACUGCUGCCAAGGCCAGGCAUUUCUGUAUUCUUAUUGGACGCCUUGGCCCGGGGCAUGACGCCCACCGCUUCUGACACGCCGAGUCUCCACCUCUGUUUCAUGAAACAAAAGGGGAUCAGAAGGAAUUCGGCCUCUCCACCACUCACGCCGUCGAUCCCUCGAAACAGGAGACGCGCAGUGGCUGUGGGCAGGCCGGCUGGGUGCGACCGUCAUUCCAUUCUGGAGCAGCGACGGAAAUUGCUGAGGUGGCCCGGACAAACGCUUUUUAUAGAGGAGGCCCUCGCGCGCAGGAUUGUUACGAUGCUCACCUCACCUUCUUGACUUCUGUGUGUUUGUCCUCCUUUCUUAAAACCUAACGCUCCCUUUUGCUACGUCUUUUUUGAAACGCAGGACGAUCUUCUCGUACUGGUACAUUCAUUCUUUCACAUUUCGAUUCUUUGUGUGGAGACUCGCGAUUUGCCUCAGGGCGUGCCAUUCUUUCACCAGAUCAACAUCACCACAAGGGCCCUUGUUUGCAUCACUGGACGCUUU